CCACUCUCUUACAAGAUGAAGUAUACUAGCCAAACUGGACUUCUUUCAAGUGUUACAAAACACACAAAAAGAGAACAGAAACAUGUCAUGUUCAAUCUGGAAGUGGACGCAAAACAUGCACCAUUCACAACUAAACCCUUCACAGGACUCUUCAACCCGUUCGCUAGAGGAUGUUCCAUUUUGUGCAAUCAUCCUGCUGUUCCGGAAGUCAAAAAGAUGUUACAAAGAGCAAAAGGAUAUUUGGGUGAAGAAGGAAAAUCUGUAAUCUUGCCAGACGAUGUAGCUGCAAUACGUGCUGAAUUGGAAGUGUUCCAAUUAAAAAACAAAGGAUUAUAUUCCGGGCCAUCUAAUCAAGUGAUGGAACAACCUGACAUUACUGAAAUAGUCCCGGAAGAAAUGUUUCGAAAAUAUACCGAGACAGAUUCACGUCCACUAACGCCUACUCCAACAUUAGCAAGCGCACAUACAAGGGCUUCAGCGACACGAAGAUGUGUCACACCUGAUCCAAUCGUAACAUCAGAGAUUAAAGAGAAAACGCUGUUGGUAUUAGAUUUACGAAGAAGUCAUAGUCAAGAGACCUUAUCUUGCUAUGGCGGUAGUACUAGUAUGAAUGAAAUGCCUUUGAUUCGAAUUAUGAAUGUAAAUUUAACGCCUGCAUCAUCACGACACAGUUUACUACUUGAGAAAAGACAACAACAUGGUAAUAAUAUGCAAUUGUUUAAAAAUAUGUCCAAAUCACCCCGAACGCUGGAAGAUGAUAAAACUCGUCUGCAGUUUUCUAGUAACAACUUAAACGUGCCAGUUGAUGAUCUAGAUGAUCAAGAUGAUCCAAAUUCAGAUAAUAAUGAAGAGUAUAUUAAAAGACGUGGAAGAAAAAGGAAGAAACGACGUGCGUCUUCAAGUGUUUCUAUUUUUCGUACCACUACCGAUCCGGAAACACUUGUGGCUGGAUUAACAACGGAAUCAAAGAAUCCCAGCGCGCGGCCAUCUUUAAACGAACAGCACCUUGAGGAUAUGUCGAAAUUUGUCAAAGAUAAACUGGAUUCAGAUCGAUGUUUUAAUGUGGAUUCGUUCUUAGACUAUGAAAGUUUACGACAAUUGCGUCGCGAGCUAACGAAUGAAGUUGUCGACAUGGAAUUUGACGUUCGACGUAAAAUUGCUCUCGAAGAAGCGUUGAAGACUAUAACAAACAUGCGUGUUGAUUGUGACGAAUUGAAACAGUUGCAGAAACAUUGUUUUCAGCCUCAAAUUGAUUCGAAUUUUAGGUUUAGUAUACCACAAAAGUUUUCCAGGGGUAGUGUUCGAUUUGAAUUGCCAAUGGAUAGUCGUGUUUUAAAUCACAUGACACCAAUGGAAUAUAUUCAAGAUCAUGUUUAUAUUUCAAGCGCCAGAAAAUUACUCUACGUGUUUGUUUUUAAUUUGUAUCGUAUUCGACCUGUAAUCGAUGAGGGAGAAAACAUUCCUUCAAAUGAUCCACAGUUAAACAAUAAAGAAUCUGAUGUUAAAGAUGGAUCGGAAUUGCAUCUGCCAGUUGAUGAUAUUAUUCGAGAAAUAUCUGGAACUAAUAUAAUACCAGCUCUUGGUGUAUUAAUGAAUAAACCAUUAAAUGAAACGCAAGCAACUAAUUUUCACGCAUUAAUGGGAUGGCUAUUUGAUGCAACGUACAGUUUUCGUACAUUUAGUGCAAUUUGCGCUAUUUGUGAACGAUUGUUAGCUGCUGAGUUUUAUCCAAAUUUGCCAGGGAGACAAGAAGAUCCAUGUGAAGCUAUUGAAAUAAUCGAUUUUGAAUCGCUGGAGAAGAAAACAAAGGGCAAGGUGAUGGAUGAAAGAUUGCUGAAGUUAUUGCACAUGUUAAAAGUGGCAUAGCAAGUUUGCUAAUAAGUGUUUACGGUCCAGUGUAUAUUUUUAUACAUUGCAUAUGUGUUUGUCUGUGUUUUGUAGUUUAAAUUCUUUAGAAAUUCGG